UACGCUUGGUGCGGUUGGUUUUCGAAAAUUUCACUACGGUAGCAAUUUACAGUGUGGUGGCAACAAAAGCAAAAACAACAAACAAUAGUGUAAAGACACACAAACACUAAUAAAGAAAAAAUAUUGAAAAACCCUUUGCUGCUACUGUAAACGUCAUCAAAGUGAAAAAAAGCUGGCAUACAAAUUUUAAGAUAAUCAAUAAAGUGAAAAAUUUGUUAAAUAUGUUUGUACAUAUCUACUACCUGUGAGGGCGCACAGUGAUAAAUUUGAAGAAAAAAAAACGCCCAUAAAUACCAUGACGCAGAAUUAGCGAUUCCGCUGCUCGAAAAAUUCGCUUUUUGACACUUCGAACAGUUGCUAACGUCAACGUUGCUACCGCGCUGCGUUUCCGCUAUCGUCUCGCUUUUCUGUUGCUGGUCGGCCAUACAGCUGCGAAUUGAAGGAAUCCCUCGAAUCGGUUUGUCGGUCUACCGGUCUGGCGGUGGUGCGGUAGACGUUAUUAGCCGAGUUCCAUUAUAUUGCGCUGCUGCCACUACUCUAAAAUUUCGUGCGUAGCGUUUUUCAAAGAACUAGAGUACAUAGCAUGUACUUUGUUCUGGGAAAGAUUUGAAAGUGUUCAUUGUUGUUGCCGCGCUACUUUCAUUGUUGCCUUUGUAACAAUGUUGUAGUUGUAGUUGUGUUUGCGUGAUUUCAGUAUUGAAACUUUUUCUAAAACGGCAAAGUGAAUUUGAGAGCGCACAUUCACCAACGACCCCGGACUUCAUCACUGCCCCGUUCCCUACAGCCUGCUGCCAUACUAUUGUAAUCUAAAAUAUUUGCUCAGCACGUUUGACGUUCGUUGGCGUUGCGCGGUUUUGCAGCUGCAGCGCAGUGGAUUGGCACAGCGGCGUAGGGAAGGAAACUGUGGCAGAUUUGGGAUGAUGUUGCUGUUCGCACAUCCUCCAAUUGCCACUCGAUUGAAUCCGAAAGCAGCCCUUAAAUGUUGAUGCCACGGCUGCAAUAUCACUUUAACGGAUAUAAUCCAGAACUAAGCCUAGCAUUAAGCAUGCAACAACAACAUAUUAAUCAGUUAUUAACAACAGCAGCGACCGCCACUGGCAUUGUCGGUGACGUGGACGCCUUACUAACGCCCAUACACAACAACAACAACAACAAACAGACGCCAGUCCGCAUGGAGACUGGACGCGAACGUAAUCUAUGGCGCACCAAUGAGAUCAUGGAGGUGCUGAAAAUUAUGCAGCAGAUAAACGCUCUCGAUAUGCUCAAUCAAAAGGCAAUGAAGAGCGAUGUAGUAUUCCGUAAAGUUGAACGACUAAUGUUUGCACGUGGUUUUCGAAAAAAAUCGCACAUACAAAUUUCGACCAAGUGGAAAUUUCUCAAGUCAACUUAUAGAACAUCACGACGUAAUGGUAUCAUACCAAAAAUGAUACCGCAACCGAUUUAUGAGGAAUUACAUAAAAUGUUGCACAAUAGAACUAACAAUUUGUCGGUGCGUUCGACCAGUGAUUGCGGUAAUUCAGCCACAUCGCUGGAUGGUGACAAUUCCAAUUGUGCCAUGGAAAAUGGCAAUUGUGGCGGAAAUGAGAGGCAAUUGAUAAUAUCAGGCGUUGAAGGUGGCUAUGGAAGUGGGAACAAAAAUUUGCUAGAUGAGAGCGCUAACGGCCAAGACUCGGAAGAAGAGAAUGGCUUAGCACAUCCCAUUUUUGGAUUUCGUUUGGGACUGGUGAAACAAGAGCCAGCUGAUACAGGUUACGAGAGCGGUAAGGCUAAGCAGAAGGACUCAACCGCCAAUAUACAGUUCCAAACGGAAAUUAAGCAGGAGGUAAACGAAGAAUCCGACUCACCGAUGGCAUCUAAUUCGGCUACACCACAGCCUCAAGUCGAGCCUCAAUUAGAAUAUCAACAGCCACAACAAAGGCAAAGUGCCCCAGAGAUAAUGAUACUGAGCCGACGCACCACGCGGCCCUCGACAUCGGUCGCCGCGUCAACAUCCAACACCACAGCCACACCGAAUGCCACAAGCACACCCAAAAUGGUCUCAACCCCAUCGCAGACACGAUCUGGUGGCGCGAGCACAGCAAGUCCCACACCAUUACCGCCUCUGCGCAUAGCACCCUUCGCCAAGGUGCCGCCAAGUGAUAUGGCAACGCCCAUAUCGACCACUAAUUUACCACCACCACCGCCCCUUGCCAUGAAUCCAACAUCAUCACGUGCAUUCCGACUGAGUAGCGCCUAUAGCAGUAGCGUAUAUGCCAAUGGCGGCAGAGUUAACACCGCCGCCGCGGUCACCGGCACCGCCAACACAGGCACUAAUACCGCUGGUGCUAUGUCCUUUCAACGCAAAUUCACGCUCAAUGGUCCAAAAGGGCUCACUAUUGCACCUACUUCAGGCCGGCCCGCUGUGGUACAGCCGUACGUGUUGCAUCAAGAAGUGGUAGUGCCCGAUUUAGACAUAGCGGCAGCGCCACACGAAUACCGUGCGCAGCAACCGUUUUACGGUUUCCCAGACGGCCCGUCUACCAGCCAACAGGCACAGCAGAUGGAAGCACGAAAACGACGCCUAAAAGCAUCGCUCAUGAUGAGCACAGUAAUGCCAUCAAAGCGAAUGGCAUGCGGGCCCGAAACGUUAAGAAAUAUAGCUCCCCGACCAGCAGCUAUGGAUUAUGCAGCGGAUGAUGGACUGAAUGUCAGUUCCGACGAGGCAAGCAAUUCGACAUACCAAACCGCUACACAACAACAGCAGCAGCAGCAACAGCAGCAGCAGCAGCAGCAGCAACAGCAACAACAACAACAACAGCAAGAGCUACCAUCUUUGGAAAGUGUUGAGCGGGAAAACUGCUAUGCAAGAGUAUUGCAAGAUGUGGCCGUUUCCUUGCGACAAAUGCAGCGCGAAGUGAUCAAUGAGUUCUUCAAGCGACAAAUGAAACUGGCACGCGAAGAACACGAGUUCCAGUUGCAACAAGAUGCGGUAUUGAUGCAAGCAUUCAAGGAACAAGCGCAGCAGUUCCAAAAAAUGAGUAAAGAUUUGAUGGGAAGCGCUGUAAAGUUGGAAAAACGUAAGAAGAGAAUGGAGAAACAGCAGCGAAAGCAGAUUUUAAAUUAUGGAAAGUUGCAGCCGCGACAAAUACAGCAAAAUAAGUGCAAGAAUGCAAAAGUUUUGCAUAACGGCAAGAGUAGAGCAACAGUUAGAAAUAACGAAGUAAAAGACGAGGAGAAGCCUGCGGAUGGGUAUGGGGAUAAGGAUGAGGAUGAGGAUGAGGAUGAGGAUGAGGAGGAAGACGGAGUGAAAUUACUUAUGAGAAACGUACACGCACAGCUGGAGCUGAGCGAUGAUGAGGGCGGCGGCGAAGAUACACAGAAUCAGUACGAGUAUGAAGUUAAUGAAUAUUUGCAGGAUAAUAGCAAUGAUAUAGAACAAAGUUCACGCGAGGCAAUGAGCCGGCAAGAAGGAGAAGAAGAAGAAGAACUAGAGGAACAAAAUGAUGUUACGCAACAUGAAGAUUAUACAUCCGAUCCCAUACAAAUAACUGGACAUUAGGGUGUUAGAAGAAAUAUACAAAUACUUAAGUUAAAAGUUAAGAAAAAUUGCGAAUUAACUGUUAAGCAAAAAGAAUGUAGAUACAUGCAUACAUAUGUAUGUAUGUAUGUAUGUAAGUAAGGCCAAGUGGAAAAGAUAGCCGAAACGGAACAAACCAAUGCACAUUCCAACGUAAAUUCCGUUAAAUAAAGCUAAGAAAUAUUAAUAAGAGGAAAUGCUAUGGCUGUACUAGGCCUUCUCACCUUGCAGUGACGGUAAAAAA